UCGAUUAAUUUUCACGUUAAAUUAAUGUUUAACUGUAUUAAUAAAAUGGAGAAGUCCCUUGCUGCAACUAUUGAGGAAAUUAAACUUCAAGAACAAAACGCUGAAAUUAAAUUAAGGGAAAAUCGUGAUUUGGAAUCAACAAUCAAUUCGCUAAACAGAAAUAUACAAGAGACGUUGACUGGCAUAGAAAAAUCUGGAAGAGAUCAACUAGAAUUGACUAAAAAAAUUAACAAACUUCGUGGCCAGCUAGAAUUAGUCAAAAUACGUCGUGAUGCUUUAUUAGCCCAAAUUAAAGCUAAAAAGAAAGAGUUGGAUGCAUUAAGGCAAAAAUCGGACGAAAGCAUUGCGGGUGUAUGGAGUAUACGGUCAUCUCUAUGCAAUGCUGUGCAGAAUGCGUCCGAUAAUUAUGAUGUUAUGGCACUUCUUAUGAAACCGAAAUCAGUCGUUACUUUGCCAAAAGUAGUUAAAACACUCCCCGUUAAAGAAGAAUGUCAGUUUGAAAGAAUACUUAAAGAAGCAACGCAAAGAAAACAAAACGCAAUAAUAGAAAGGGAUCGACUGUUAAAUGAACCACAAACAGGACACGAAUUUGUUAGGCUAAAAAAUGCGCUGGAAUUUUCGCUUGAAAAGAUUGCAAGUCUUCGUAGUAACUAAAAGUUAAUUAAUUCGUUUUUAUACGUGUCUC